GUCCUACGACAGCAGCAAAGAAGAUGCUCAGAACCCUUUCCCGGAGCUCGACGACACGCCUCCUGGAAAGAGAGCUUUUCAAAAGGGUAAGGCCGGCAAGCAGCCGCUCAGAGCUGACUCUGCCCAGACAGUUGUCGUGGAAACCCCGCCACCAAAGCUGAAGCGGGCCGGCACCGAUGAGCUAUCAGGGUCUCUUCCUAAGAAGGUGAGAGAUGCUCUGAGAAGGCCGCAGUCAAUUGAUCAGCAGACUGCUUCGGAGAGAAAAGCUCGAGCGAAGAAAACACAAAAGCAGCUCGAGCAGGACUUUGAGGAGGCUACGGAUCCGAAGGAUCAAAGCACAGCUGAGGUAGAUGAGCACAAGGAAGAAAGCGAGGCCCCACCCAAGAAGGAGGCAAAGAAACGCAAAGCUGAGGAUGAUGAAAGCAAGGCCCCAACGAAGCCCGUCAAGGGAAAGCAAGCCACGGCCGACAGCAAGGUUUCUGGGAACAAAGCCACGACGGAGGAUCACAGGACAGCCAGGUCCAGCAAUGAGGCCCUGCCGAGCCCCAAGAAAUCCGCACGCAAGCCGCCGACGAUCGCUAGCCCCAGCAAGGACAAGCAGGCCGACGAAAAGGAAUCCAAUAAGGAGAACACCCUGGAGGACAAGAAGAAGUUUGCACACAAGAUGUACAUGAGGUUUUACAGAAGUGUGCACAGCCGCACCUGCCCGGCCGAGAUCAAGUCGGCAUUCCACCAGUCGAAGUACUGCAAGAAUAAGAUGAGCAGCUUGUACGAGGAUUACCUCCAGACGGAGGGUGACUGGAAGAAAUCGAUGGUCUACAAGACCAUUAAGUCCAUCACCCGAAACGGGCGACGUGGAAUUCGCAGGUGGCUGACCCGAUCCCAAAUGUUGGUCCACUUUGACGAUGCGACCAUUGUGGAUAGCAUUAUCGCCCGCAAAGAGACCGACGAGUACCUGAAAAAAAAGAGGUGCGAGAGCACCCCGACUGCCCAGGAGCCGGGGGGGCUUGUCCAGUACCUCGUCUUGGUGGACGAGGAGGUGACCGACGAGGACGUGGAUGAGAUUACGGAUAUGUUCCGGCAGGAAGACGGGGACGACAGCUCAGGCUCAAACGAUGAUGACGACGACACGCCAGACUCGAAAGGUGGCAAGGACCGGGAAGUCGUGUGCGAGUGUUUGAUGAAUGAAUCAGUGGGUGGGUGA